UUACCUGUCCGAGGGCAUGAUGAUGCUCAAUCCCAACACUCACGCUGGUUGGUUUGGUUUUGGUUCGUCCGCUAUGAUCCACGGAGGCUGCAGCUCUCAAAGGAGCUGAGCUGUAGAGGAGAUUUUGGUCUGUUUUUACUGCGAUGAUCUUCACAACAGAGCAGGUCAUUUGUGUGUGUGAGGUCCUGCUGCAGGGCGGUCACAUGGAUCGUCUCGCCAGCUUCCUCUGCACUCUUCCACCUUCUUCUUCUUUGUGCCACCGGGAGCUGGAGAGCGUGCUGAAAGCCAAGGCGGCCGUGGCCUUUCACCAGGGCCGCUUCUCGGACCUCUACACCCAGCUGGAGGGCUUCCUCUUCUCCCCGCGCAGCCACCCGUUCCUGCAGCAGCUGUGGCUGCGGGCCCGCUACGCCGAGGCCGAGAGGCAGCGGGGCCGGCCCCUGGGGGCCGUUGGGAAGUACCGAGUUAGGAGGAAGUUUCCUUUACCCCAAACCAUCUGGGACGGCGAGGAGACCAGCUACUGCUUCAAGGAGAAAUCGCGGAGCGUGCUCCGAGAGUGGUACCACAGAAAGCCGUACCCAUCCACCCAGGAGAAACGGGAGCUGGCCGCCGCCACCGGCCUGACCUCCACCCAGGUCAGCAACUGGUUCAAGAACCGCCGACAGAGGGAGCGAGCCGUGGAUGUUGACAGUUUUCAGAUUCCCCUCGCUGGAGGACGUUCAGGUGAAAUCUACCUGUUCUCUGAGAAUGAAGCUUCUCCCCCGAAGAGCCCACCACCCCGGGGACUCCGCCCGACACCUCCACCCUUGUGCCACCCUCCUCUUCCUCUUUAUCACACGCAUCAAGACUGCUAGGAUUUUAU